UAGAUCAACAGUGAUGUUGUUGUUGCGGUGGCGGUGGCGGCGGCGUUGUGCCGAAAAGCCUGUCAAGUGUAUGCGUUUUCGUGUUUGCGGAGCGUGUUUUCAGCGAGCGCCAAAGUGUCGGAACAAGUGAGCGCGUCACACUCACAGCGCAGAGCUUAGCUGCUCGACAGCUGCUCCACUGGUGACUGUGACAACACAGAGCGCCGCCACGCCGCGCUGCGAAAUAUUUGUGUUAUUAUUAUGGUUUUUUAUGACUAUUUCUUGUUUUUGUUGUUGUUGUGCUUUGCUUGCAUUUUUUCGCUUGCUCGCGCAUAACUUAAAUGUCUGUGUCUGACUAUGUAGCUGGUUCGCAGUCACUUUGGGCAGCUACAAAUAUUUAUUGGUGGCAGCAACUGCACCCAGUGCAACAGCAACACAACGAGCAGCGGCAAAGACAACGAAAAACAACAACCACACGUGGACAUCACAAGCACUCGUCAAAAUGCAAGUUACAGAACCGAAACAACUCGUGACCAUUGGCAGUGCAACCGAUGUGGAUACUGAGAGUUUGGACGAAAUCAAUUUGAAUACAAGUAUCGAAGAAACACAAACGGCAACAGACUCCUCGGCCAUUGUAAGCAAUAUUGAUCCGAAUGCGAAUCCACUGUGGUCGGAUGUAAACAAUCCGCCGACAGAUUCAAUACUUAGUCAAGCAGCCUCGUCAUUCUCGGCGCUGCCAUCGGUGGCAUCAAGCGUACUUUCAACCUUUUCCAAGCGCAUCUCCGAAUAUUCGGCGUCCAAUAGUCGCGAGCGUACACCCAUAAGUGAUAACGGUAAUUUAGCACCACAGUUGGAUAUACAACCGGCGUAUCUGCAGCAACAGUUCCAAACGCAACCGUAUCAAGAGCAACAACAACAACAACCGAAUUUGCAACAACAGUAUUCAUAUUAUAAUAACGCACCAUCGCAUGCACCGCCCCCAGUAGGCGCUGAUCCAGCGAGCGUUGCUGCCGUACCAUAUACAAGUGCCGUAGCCAGCGCCGAACCACCACCGGCAGCGCCGAAAUUCUAUACGCCCACAGAGGUGCCAACUUUGCCAGCAGCUGGUGCGGCAAAUCCACCACCACCAGGCGGGCAGAAUACCUAUCGUUUGGCGGCGAAAAAGAAGUUGUACGCUCCCAUACCUGGAUUCUCAGAACAGACGAGUGGUGUUGGUGCUGCACCGCCGGCAGUAAAUACGUUGAGCACUGCAACACCAUUACCAGGCAUUCCACCACUGCCACCACAACCGGCAGUGCCAACCGAUCCGCUUGGCAAUCCAUUGCAAGCAUAUCCAUACGAGCCGCAUUACCAACAAACUGAGCAACACACGUUGAAACAGGAAGAACGCAGAACCGGCGGCCUCUUCUCGAAUAUAAGCAAUUUAGUGCCAAGCGGUGUGCUUCAGAACAUCUCUGGUUUAGUACAGUCGGCCACAGGCACUUUCGCGCAGGGCACAAAUAAACCGUUUGCCGAAGAGUCUACACAGCAGUCGCAGUACGGUUAUUCGGGCGCUUACCAGCAACCGCCUGUAGAGACUUCAAACGUUGGUGCAGCUCAAUAUUUUGGUGUUAGUGUAGGAGCGCCGCCAGCAUCACAAUUUUACCCGCAACCUGUGGAGGCUAAUCAAUCGUCGGCUGCAUUUUUCGCACCACCUCAGCAGUCGCAAUUGCCAUUACAACAACAACAACAACAUAGUGCUGCCCCAAUACCACCACCAGCAGCUCCACCAACUUCCCAAUUAUUUGCACCACCAGCGGUCGCAUCAGUCGCAGCUCCACCACCGCCGCCUACUGCUGGAUUUGUAGCUGCUCCUCCCAAAAGUGCCACACCGGAUUACAACACACAACGUCCAUCAGCAUCCAAAACUCCAGUUACAUUCUUCGAUCCUACAAAACAACCGUCCACACCGGCUUCCUUCUUUGGUGCCCCACAACAACCAGUCGUUAACCCAACGGCGAUACCAUCGACUGAUAACUCGAAUUUAUUGGCUGGACCACCACCACCCUUAAAUAUUGCUGCACCACCAACGGCAGCAACAGUUCCCUUAGCGGCUGUUCCCACAUUUGGUUCGACACCUACGGUAUUUACGGAAAUUCAGCCACCACCCUUGGUUGAACCACCGAAGCAACCUAAUUUAUUCGCGACACCAGCGCAGAUCUCCCAGCCACCGUCUUCAACUGGUAUACCUUUGUUCCAGCAACAAGCUGCCGGGCCAAGCAUUGCACCACAGGUGUCAACAGCUUCAGCUGCAGUAAGCUUUACUCCACCACAACCCGUCAGCACAUUUCCACCGCCCACAGCUUCACCAUCUCUUAUCAACAACCAAACACCUCUCCCUCCAACAGCCGGCGGUACAACUUCGUUUCGUUUGCAGAAGGGUACACGACUCUACAAGAGUCCUUUAACUUCCGCUGAGACUGCACCAGUUCAAAUACCGACUGGCUUAGCACAGCCUCUUGCUCCUCCAACAAGUUAUUUCAAUCCAUUUGGAGCUGCUGCACCCGUGAGUGCAGCAAACCCCAUCGCUCCACCAACAGUUCCAUCUCUAGUACCCAGUUAUUUCAUCGCUCAACCUGCAGAAUCUAGUGUUGGGCUGUUUACCGUUGAUCAGCCAGAACCCGUUCUUAAUAAAAAUUCGGUACUUUCUGAACCACCACAAAUCAGUGCUAAUUUUAAUGCGGAUCUAACAGCAGUUGCUAAAGCUGAAGAACCACAACUAUUCCCAGCACCCUCCUAUCCAGAGAAAAACCCGGUAGAAAGUGUUAUUCCUGAAACUUUAACAGCUGAAGACUUGGGAGCAAUAAUCCAACAACAAACUAUUGAACCGGAGAUACCGUCAGCCAGCGACUUAGAGACAAAAGACCUUUCUGUACCACUUGAGCAUUCGCCUUCAACUCAGGAACAAAGUGAAUCGCUGCACAAAGCUAUAGAUCAGCUAUCGUUAAGCGAACCGUCACAAGAGAUAAUAAACAAGGAAAAGGAUUUCCAACCUCCACAGAGUGUGCCGGUACCUGUAGGAAAAGAAAUUUCGCAAAGUGCACAGGAGUCUUCAUUUUUCAAUCCGCAAACGUUCCAACCAGAGUUCCCACAUACUGUGGCAGAUCAUUUAUCUGAGUCCCAAGAGUCACAAAUUCAGCAAGAAACUGAAUCUAAGAGUGUUGCGCCCAUAGAAGAGCAACUGACAACUGAAAGCAAACCGGAGGAAUCAAUUCAGAAACCCAUUCUCGAGUCACACAACCAACAAACUGAGUUGAAUUCACUUCAAGAAACCGUACUUCACACUCAAAGUUUACCAUCACAAGAAGCUCAUUUGACUCAGCAAGCCGUACCACCCCCACCAACGUCCAACCAACUACCAGUUGUAAAUCCGCUUCUACCACCAAUUCUGCAGCCAACACAAAGUCAAAACUCAAAUCCAUUUCGUAAGAACAUUGGAGCUUCACCAUUUGCGCCGAUUCCACAACCGCACAGCGAAACACAACCGAAAUUAGCAAAUUUCUUUGCCGAUGCGCUAGGCGUUACUGGCUCUGGAGCAGCGGAAUUUAAUAUAUUUACGCCAUCACAACAGCCACCAUUGGCCAGCACCACUGAGCCACAAUUGUCUACAAUUCAGGCAGCAGACGCCGCACAGACGCCUGCAGUUCCUGUUAUUAUCCCCGCUCCUGGUGCGCCUACUUCAGUGCCAAGUGCAGCAGGAUUCUUCGGCUUCGUCGAACCGACACAAUCGAGUUUCUUUCAACCCUUGCCAUCGCAGCACGCAACCGAAUUUCCAACACUACCGCCACUUAGCGGUGUAGCACCACCACCACUUGCAAGCGAGGCGCCAAACGCAGCCGUGGAUAUUCCACAAACCCCACUGGGUAUUCCUCCACCAAUUGGCUUUGAUAAUAUACUCCCACCAACGCCUUUCGCAGCAACACAAAUCGGAAAUCAAGUACCAACUGCGCCGCCUUCAGUGUGCGCUGACACCGAUACCGUUUCCGUUGCGGCAGCGUCUGUACCGACAAUCCCUCAGGCAUCCCCACUUACAGGUGGCAACACUGAAACUCAGCACUCAGCAGUCGUAAAUUCAUUUUCGAAUUACUUCAAUCAAACAACAAAUCUUUCAGCUGAUAGUAAACAAUUACAGCCGGAGCAACAACAACAGGAACUUCCGCAGAUAGUGCAACCCGUUGCAAGUUUACCACUAUUGGCGGAUACUAGUUCUUCCUCCGCUAACUUCUUUGACACUUUUGCACCGCAACCAACGCCAUUGCUGCCCACAGCAACCGACGGCAACUCGUUAGCAACUCAACCGCAACAACCACAGCAGCCGUUUACACAAGCGAACGAAGAGCAACGCUUGCAGAAUUUCUUUAACAAUCCACCGCAACGUGAAAACAACGCUGGGGUAGGUGAUCUCGGCUACGAUUUGGUGCAUAGCGGUCUGGCCGUACGCCAUUUGGGCUCAGUCACAUCUGUUUCGAAUGUGGUAGAGCCGCCCUCAUCAUCGUGCUCAGAGUUUUCCGAAUUGAAUAACAGUAACGUGAACCCGCGCAUUUUGCCUGCGGAGCUACUAGUCAAGCGUAGUCCUGAGAAAAGCGUCAUCGUUGCAGAGACGCAGCAAACAGUGUUGCCAGUAACUGCUGAAGCCAAGCAGGAAGUACCAGUUGCUGUCGAGCCAAUACAAGUAGUUGAUACACCACUUGUUGAGUCCACGGUCGCGAAUUCCGUUAACGACUUACCGCUGGAAAAGCACUACGAAGAUUUACCAGAGGAAGUCUUACGUGAGUUGAGAAUGGCCAAUCUGUUGACAGGCGAAAAGGCUGCGGCUUCGGCACCGCCAAUGACUGUGCCUUACUCACCGGCAGUCAAGCACUGGUUCUAUAAACGACCAUCCGGCAGUAAUAAGUUUAUCUGGACACCUUUUAGUCACUAUGACUCCGCUUUGUUGGAAAUUACAUUAACUAUGGAUAAUGCGCCAAAUAUUGUCGCCGUCGAGGGUGGACGUUACGAUGUCAAUAUAAGUGAACGCACCAAAACUCCAGUCUACUGGCAGAGCGCACCGAUUGAGGUAAGACGCUGCUCAUGGUUCUACAAGGGCACCGAUUCCAAAAUGGUGCCAUACGAGGAGUCCAUAGCCGAUCUGCUUGAAAAUGAGUACAAGCAGGCGGUAGAGAGCGCCGAGUGGCAUAAAAAGAUCGUGUUGUCUAUGAAUGAGCAGGUGACAUUCCAUGGACCCACAGUCAUCGUACACUUCCAGCAGCAGCAAUCCAGCGAUGCCUGGGGUGGCACUACACAAACGACGACACGGCCACGUGUGGUGAAACGCGAUCUGGAAGAAUUCAGUAUUGAACAGGGCGAAUCACAACGCGUCGAUCAUUUGCUGCUCAUGGUGCACGGCAUUGGUGCAGCUUGUGAUCUGAAAAUGCGCAGCGUUGAUGAAGUUGUCGAUGACUUCCGCAACAUCGCACAGGCUCUGGUGCAGUCACACUACAAGAAUUCAACCGAGAUGGGUGUAGUUGGCCGCGUUGAGGUGUUGCCCAUUUCAUGGCACAGCCAUUUGCAUUCAGAGGAAAUGGGUAUUGAUGAGAAGCUACGCUCGAUUACCUUGGAAUCCAUACCGAAAUUACGUAACUUCACCAACAACACACUGCUCGACGUGCUCUUCUACACCAGUCCAAAGUAUUGUCAGAAAAUUAUGAAUACCGUAGCGGCUUCGAUGAAUGAAGUCUACAACAAGUACCGUGAACGACAUCCCGAUUUCAAUGGUGGUGUGUCGGUGGCGGGCCAUAGCUUGGGUUCGUUGAUACUUUUCGAUUUGUUGUGCCACCAAAAGGCGCCAAAGGAGUGCGAGGAGCAGAACUUGGAAAAUCCCGAUCAGCUUGGUGGCAGCCCCAUGGACGUUAGUAACGAUGAUCUGAGCGUCACAAGCUAUACAAUGGGUCCCGCUGGCACUGGCCAACCCUUUAUACAUUAUACACAGCUUAAUUUUCAACCGAAGAAAUUCUUCGCCUUGGGUUCGCCCAUCGGCAUGUUCGUCACAAUACGCGGCAUUGAUAAAUUGGGCGUUGACUUUCGGCUGCCGACUUGCUCUGGCUUCUACAACAUAUUCCAUCCAUUCGAUCCGGUUGCCUAUCGCAUCGAAGCGCUGGUCAAUCCAGACUUAAGCGGUGUGCGACCAGUGCUGAUACCACAUCACAAAGGUCGCAAACGCAUGCAUUUGGAGUUGAAGGAGACAAUGACGCGUGUAGGUGCCGAUUUGAAGCAACGCUUUUUGGAUACAUUCAAAAAUACGCUGGAGAGUGUUAGCUUCCUGGGUGGUAGUACGACGCGCAGCAGUCGCGAGGCGGAAGAGACCAUGUCAAAGGAAGUGGAUAAGGUCUUAAACAUGCAAAUCGAUGCGGAGAAGCAUAAAAAGUCCAUGUCCGCCGAGGAUCAACAACCUGGUUCAUCACAGUCCAACACAGAUACGUCGCGUACGCGCUCAGAUUCUGUGUCAACAUCACAAUCCGAUUCCGACAUGGUGGAAAUUGAUUUUCCGCUCGGCAAAUUGAACGACUCCAAACGUAUUGAUUACGUGCUGCAGGAGGCGCCACUCGAAUUCAUCAACGAAUACAUAUUUGCUCUGGGUGCACAUGUCUGCUAUUGGGAAUCCGAAGACACGAUACUCUUUGUAAUGAAAGAGAUUUACACCGGUCUGGGCAUUAGUCCCGACAAUCAGGUGCCACAGCAGACCAUGACAAUUGAGCGUCCCAGCUCGAGAAACAGCAAUCCGCUAUCACCCAUCAGCGAGAAGCGUUGAGUCACAAUUGAGCGGAGUAAUAAUUAAAUAGUUUAAAGUUAGUGUUAUAAAUUCAAUAGUGCAGCGACAUAAAUGGCCAUUCAAACGAUUUCGAUUUCGAUUUCGAGCUAACUAUUUAAGACAAAAUCCUUUGAAAAGUUAUUAUGUGACCAACUUAGUUUACAUUUUCUUUAGUAUUUAUUCUUGUACAAAGAGAGCUAUCCGAAUUUGUAUUAACAAGCUGUUACCUGCACUCCGUCUUCUGUAUAAUGCAAAUACAUUUAGUUUAGCUUUAAUCGUUGUUGUUAUAUAUUAAUCACUUAUAAAACUACUUCUUGACAUAACAAGCAAAUAACAAUACGAAAUACUAAUAAUUUUUAUUUUUUUUUUAAUUUCAUUUUUUACUAACAUUUUAUGUACUUGGAAUAUAUGCAAACCUAGCUUUGACACAAUAAAGAAUAUAAUUGUAAAUGUAAACGAAUUCUUUAAUAUAAUAAAUAAACCAUUUUGUUUCAAUA